GUGACCCCAGAAGAUAUUUUUUUCCUUCGAGCCCAGAAAUAAAAACAGAAGAAAAUAAUUGGCUUUCGAGAACUCCCUUCUCCUCCUAUAAAUCCAAUUCCCCAACCCUCCCCCAUUUAUUUUUUGGACGGUCUCCUCUCUCUAUCCUCUCCCUCCGUCUCUAACUGAUCUGCGACCGUCCAUGCGAUAGAUCUCCGGCGAUGGACGGCGAUGGGGCCGGAUCCGACGGCUCCUGUUACUACUCCCUCCUCGGGAUUCGGCGGAACGCCUCCUCCUCCGAUAUCCGCACCGCUUAUCGCAAGCAAGCCCUGAAAUGGCAUCCGGACCGGUGGGCGAAGGACCCGACCGCGAUGGGGGAAGCGAAGCGGCGAUUCCAGCGGAUCCAGGAGGCCUACUCCGUUCUCUCCGACCAGGGCAAGCGCGCCAUUUACGACGCCGGCCUCUACGACCCCCUCGAGGAGGACGACCAGGAUUUCACUGAUUUCAUGCAAGAAAUGCUGGCGAUGAUGGAUAGCGUGAAAGCGGAGGUAAGCCGCCCUAGUCGCUGCUGUAACCACUCAUCAAAUUAUUCUUCAAUAAUUCAUACUUCCCGCAUAUGAGAUAUCUAUGCGUGUGUCCGAUCCGCCGUCCGCGGAUCCGCGAAACCAGAUCAGCCGUCCAUCCAGUUCUGCCGUCCGGUAUUGGUGAGGGCAACGUUGAACGCGGAUCUAGGUCCCCGUGCGGGCACCGUUAGUUCCAUCUUGGAGAUGCCGAAAAUGCCCUUUCGAGGGGUAUGGUGGGAAUGAAAUAUAAACAUCGAGGCUGAUUUGUUGCUUUAAUUUUUUUGUUAUUUUUGGUGGAUAAAAUGGGAAGAAGCCGGAUAGCUUGGAGGACCUGCAGAAGAUGCUGGCGGACAUAGUGAACGGCGACGGUCGGGCCACCGGGUUCGGCUCGGCCCACCACAGCGACGCGAGCCGAGGGGCGUCCGAUGCCUCGAAGAGGACGCGUGUCGCGCCUCGCACUGCGAUGCGUCGGUGAUCGUUCUUUGGGUCUGAUGACUCUGACCUUGUGUACUUGAAUGGAAUUAACAUUGUAUGGUCCAUUUAAAUUUAAUUUACAGCCUCCAGUCUUAUUCGUGUCUCGAGUGUUAA